AUGUAGCGUUUCAUUGUAAUAUUGCGCCUGAAUUAAUAAUAUUAAUAGAUUGUUUAAUACUUUUAUAUUGUAUUAGAUAUAAACAAUCAACUUUCACAAAGUACACGUUAUUCCUUGCGCAGGAUUUUUAUAUGAUAGUUUAUCCUAAAAUUCUUUUAACAAAGAUAUUAUAGAGAAGACAAAGUCUUAAAGAUACAAUUCGACGAAUUAAAAACUUGAACCAUGCUUAAAUUUACGUCCUUAAUAAAUCAUUAAAGUAACAAUAUUAUUAUUAUUAUCGUUUCUUUGAAUAUAAUUGACUAGCUUUCCCAAUUAACUAGAUUUCUUAUAAUGAACUUACUUAAUAAAAUACGAUUAAAUAUAUUAACGUAAAUUUCGAAAAACAAAUUUUUAUUGAAGCGCCAAUUUUAUACCUACGUUACUGAAUAUGACAUCAUUCAAUGGCGUAGGUUCGCAAAACCGAACUGAGCAUGCGUAUAACCUGUCAGCUCGCGACGUACAAGCGGUUGUUUAGUGUGUGAUCUUACACACAACACUGUUGCAUUAUGGUUCACGUUUGUGAUGAUAGUAACUAAUCAUUUUUGAAUAAAAGUUUGUAUAUCGUUCCACGUAUUUCGAAAGAAGGAUUACGUCGGGCGUUAUUGAAGAUUUCACAAUUCUAUUUAGAAACAAACUGUGUGAUAGAUUAAUGAGUUUUAACAAUAACAGAACAAAGGGCGAAGAGUUCUGAUAUCGUCAAUCUAAUCGGAGUCAUCCGCUCAAAAUGAUGAAUUUUGAAGGAGAAAAAGGAUCUACAAGAUCCUCGUCAUCACGAAAUAUUUGUUGCUGUCUCACAACAGCUAGAUAUAACAGUUCAAAUGUAUAUAGAUAUUACGUAGACGAUCCAACCUGAGUGUACUAUCAACUGAUGUAGACAGAUGAUAUGGACAAAUUACAGAAUCAGAAUAGUCACCAACUGAUCCACUGUAGAUACAAUAAUAAUAAUAAUAAUAAUAAUAGUAAUAAUAAUAAUAACAACAGGUUAACGGAAUAUUUUAAUUUGGAUAAUCGCAUAGAUGAUCCACUCCGUGAGCCGGAAGUAACAAUGAAUUUGAACGAAGGUUCAGCUCAAUUAUCAUUUCAUCCAUUGGAAGAACCAGAAGAAGAUUUAUUUGACUAUGAAAUUGAUACUUUGUAUCAAGAUAUGAAUACAGAAUCUGAGGAGCAAGUGGUACCAUCCAGUCAACUAAGUAAUAGUUAUAAAUAUCCUGAUGAACUUACCAUUUCUGAUGAUGAGGUAGAUGAAGGCAUAUUUGAAGAUGAACCAGUAUCUAAUUUAGUAUUGCCAGAUGACAAUAACAGAUACAACUCACAACCUCCCAAAAAUCACAGAAUGUGUAAAAAGUGUUGUGGUAGUAACAUUAGAACAUUGAUUGCUGUUUUAUAUUAAAAUAAAACAUUCCAAGUGGCUUUUUAAUUCGUA